UAAAGAAUGUCUUAGCGUAUUCUUGUUCGUACCACCCGCAAAUGUAGAGUCCUGCUCUUAUCCUCCAUUGGUUUAAAAUCAAAUCUACCAGUUAAAACGAACAAUUAUCCACUAACCACGCAGGAUCGACUGAAAACAAAUUUAUUGAGCAGUAACCUUUUUUUAGUCACUUUUGAAAGGCGCACGAAAGAUUUGUAUCAACACACAAAGCAGCCGUGAUAAUAAUGUAUUUUCCUAAAAUAUUUCAUCUUAUCACUUUACAUUUGUUGGUGGUUUCUUUGGCUUCUCAGGAAGAGCAACACACCAGAAGAUCGUACACAGUCAACCCAGGAAAGAUUUUGUUUUGUCCGUCGGCUCGUGCCGGACCACCAGGCCCUCCUGGACCCCCGGGUCUUCCAGGAAGAGACGGACGAGAUGGAAGAGACUGCCCCCCCUGUAACUGUGCGUCAGUGCCGUCCCCUCCAGUUGAAAGUCCUUGCCCGGGAUCUCCACCGCCAGUACCUCAAGGCCCACCAGUGGGAGGCCCUCCUGAAGGACUUGGAUCCGCUCACAAUCCGGCAAAAUCCUGCGAUGAAAUCUAUCAUUCAAUAUCAGCAGGUGUUCAAAGUGGGGUUUACUGGCUCCAGGCUGCUCGCGGCAGCCCAUACCAGGCACAUUGCGAAAUUAUCACAUCGGCAUGUAAAGACAAUGGAGGCUGGACACUAGUUGCACGAGUGGCUGGAAUGUCCGGAGAUUUCUCACCCACAAGUCCUCUCUGGGCCAAUGAGGAUGUAGUUAGCCCCUGGGAUGCAGCUGACAUUACAAAAACAACAUCUAUGAAAAAUCCCGGUUGGUUCUCUGUACCAAAUCGAGUUAUACGCAUGUGCUACAGCGGUCCUCGUAGUGACUGCGCGACAUUCACCCACAACAGAGGUCUGACUCUUACCCAGCUCUUCGCAACUCAGUUCGCAGUAGAAGUUCAAGAGGAGUACACUUUCGAAACGUUGAUGAAAAAACUUGGCAAACACUUGGACUUGGGGCACCUAAAAACUGAAUGGUGCGGCCUCAAUUUAGGAAAUCUUUGUAACUUGGUAGCGGAUCCCAAUAAGGAGCCUGGAACUCAUGUCUGUCGCAUAGGCUGUAUUGGUGACACCAGUCUUCCUCGAUCACCUAAUGGCUGCAACCCUGACGACUAUUCACUUGGGAUCGGUGUGUCAAGCUGCAACUCUCCACACGGUUGUCACGGUCACGUGUCAACAACAAGUAGCUUGCACUUUAGUAUGUAUUCAAGAUAUGGGGAUUAUCAACAAACGGCAUUCAUUUAUGUAAAAUAAAACAAAACUUAUUUUGGCUAAUCCUUCGAUCAAACAUACAAUGUUGCCGUACCAACUCAUUUUUAGAACGUCAUAAACUUUCUUUAUUUACCUCUCUACCAUACGAGAUAUUUACAAUUUGAAGGAAAGAAUAGAGAGACUAACCAGCUGAAAAAAAUAUCAGGCUGCAAAGAUAUUUUCCAAAAUACAUGUCUGCAAUACAACAAAAAUAAAAAUAUCAAAGCUUACAACCAGUUAACUGAUAUAAUCAGUCAUAUGCAGGAGAAAGCUUAUUUUUUUUUGUUUUUUAAGUAAAAUUGCAUUUUGUGCGACUUGUAAGAGUUCGUGUAAAACUAAUAAUCUAUUAUAUGAAAGAUGCUUCGAUGCUUUUCUAAGGUUUUGUCAAUAGUAUACAAGGUUUUCAUGCAUUAUCCCUUUAUUUUCACUCUUAAGCUAAAUCAAGCCAGAGCCUCACCAGUCGUAAAUUGAUACAUGUUACUCUCAAUUUUACUACAUUUUGUGGGAAAUAUGAGCUAUUUCAUACAUUGAGACUAUCAAGGGAGAGUGAAUUCAGCUAUUGAUUUUGAAAGUAAUUUUAUAUAAUGUGGGAUUAUUCUCUUCUUUGUGAAGUUUUUGUUUAGUUAAGAGUCGCGGUGCGUUGGUGUGAAACUCUGUCUCAAGCAUUAAAUAAAAAUACAAGCGUC